ACCCUAUUGUGAUAAGUGAGGAAUGUUCAUUGAUUGACGGAUUAAGACGUUAUCACCCCACCUGUGUUAGACCUGCAGACAUAACACAAAUUAGUAUAGCUUGUUAUUCAAUAUGAUGAUGAAUUUCCCUUUUCCAUUGAAUUUGUUGAUUUUCUUGGACUGGUGUUUAAUAUGUUAUUCAAAGAUCUUUAUGCUAAGUGUAUAAUGUUUGCAAUGUAAACAAGAGCUAUUAUACAGACAAAGGGCAGCCGAACGUUUGUGUGGCGUAGCUUCGGUAGACACGCACAGACACCAACACAGAGGGCAUCACAGACCACAGACGAGGGUAAUUCAACAUGGGAGGUAAACCAAGUAAAAAGAAGCUGGUACCUAACAGACCGCCGCCUAAGACACCAGCGAUGGGUCCUCUCCCUACCAGGAUGGUGGCCAAGACCAAGAGGAACUUGGUGCCUCCUGACGGUGGAUGGGGGUGGAUGGUGGUACUCGGGGCUUGUAUAACUGUGUUCUUCUUCCCGGCGGUGACCAUGGCGUUUGGGGUGCUGUUCAGUGAGAAGCUGGAGAUCAUGGGCGCCGGGGCCACAGCCUUCACACUAAUCGGCAACGGCCUCAGCACCUCCUGGAGUUUCACCGCACUGUUGACGGCGCCGCUGUUAGAGCUGUUCGGGUACCGCACCAUAACCAUCACGGGGGGUCUGAUGUCCUUCCUCACUAUGGUGUUAUGCGCCUACAGCACCAGCAUCGUCUCCUUCGCCCUCUCUUACUCCAUCGUCGGCGGUGCGUCUUGUGUUGUCAGUCGUUCCUUCCCGUCUUCUUUUUCCUCCUCUACCUAACCUUUUCUUGCCUUCUUCCCCCUCCCCUGUCUCUUCCUUCCUCCUCCUGUCUCUUCCCUCUUUCCUUCCCCCUUCUUCCUCCUUUUCUACCUAUUCAUUCAUUUCUCAUUCCCCAGACCAUUUGAAGUUCCCAUGACCAUUAAUAGUUCUCCCAUAACCACGACUAAUCACAGUGCCCACGACUAAUCACAGUGCUCAUGACCCAUCACAGUACCCACGACUAAUCACAGUGCCCACGACUAAAUCACAGUGCCCACGACUAAUCACAGUGCCCACGACUAAUCACAGUGCU